AUGCUCAAGCCGGCUGUUAGUCUCAGGCGCUCUGCUUGCGACCUGUGCAGAGCAAAGCGAACACGAUGCCUUCGCGCCAACGACAGCACGGCGCCAUGUGCCCGUUGCAACCACCUUGGCGCACGAUGUGUCACGGGUGCCCCAGGACUUCCUGGGAGGCCAUCCAAGCAGCGUCCCAAGCCCGCCAACAGGUCAGGCAGACAAACGUCUGGGAACACGGUGAAGGGCAUCUCAGGGCCGGACAUGGAUCUUGCGGUUCCCAAGUCAACGUCGCCGAGAGAAGUUGACACGUUGGCUCAUGAACAACAUCCAGACUUCUGGUUACAUGUACCACCUGGUGACGGCGGCAGCUCGACCUUCUUCAGCUCCAUGUCCCCUUCAAUCGACAUGGACCAAAGCCCGGCCCCGGGCGAAAAAAUGCUCUCACUGGUGGACCAGCUCCAUGGGCUUUUCGGCGGUGAUGAUGAACUUAACGCGAUGCUUCAUAUGGGCGGCGAUGCCAAUGCCAACAUGGACAUGAUCGACAUGAAUAUCGAUCCACUGCUCAACCAUAAAGAGGCUGUUCUGCCCCCGACUCCCACGAUACAGUCAAGGUGCUUCAGCACGGCAGCUUCCCUUGUCGGCUUCCGGGAUGAGAUAGAUGACCGCAUUGCUACGAUUGACGCUGAUUAUUCAGAUCACAACAAAAUCCUGCAGCGCUGCAAAGACGAAAACGAAAGCGAAAACGCGGAUCGAGAUGUCGAGAAUCCGGCUGCAUUGCUCCUCACAUGCACCAACAAGUUCAUCCAAAUCAUCCAGAACCUCACACCGUCCGAUGCGGCUCAGCUGCAGACACAGACAGAGGAUGCGCUCACCACCGAGCUUGUGCUCCUGGCUCUGUCCGGUUACCUUGCGUUGAUGAGGCUCUUUGAUUCUCUGUUCCACCGCAUCUACAAAUACCUUUGCGAGGUGCCGCGGGAGACGUACGAGUCUAUCAAGGUCAAGGCGGUGCUCCGCAUCGGCGGCUUCGCUUCGCUGCAGGAUAUGCCGCUGAAGACGUACGCCGUUGGAAUCCUUGAUGCCAUCCAAUGCCAGGUGAAAGUCCUAGAGCGCUGCAUGGGGAUUCCCGCAGAAUACUGCCUCUCCGGUGACGCGGCUGCUUCAUCUACCGGGACCGGGACCGGCCCACGGAUACUCUGCCGGCCAGACCAGAUACGGCUGUUCUGGACGGUUGUGGCCCAGGAGGAUGUCAAGUCGCGGAGGGGUACCAAGUCGUAUGUAGAGUCGAUAAGAGCCAGUAUCAAGGAAUCAAUGGCUUUUCUCGACGACCAUGGGCGGAGCAGUUAG